ACAUUUCAAGCAUAUGCCACACAAUACAGGCAGCCUAAUGAUCCUAACACCUAUCUCCCUCCCUCCUGGCUGCCUAUAAAUACGAUAAAUACAUUACUCCCCUGAUCAUCUCCCAUAUAUCUUGUAACGUAUAUCAAACAGUUUAUCGGAAAAUGGCCGGAAAACAAUGCGUCAUGUUCUUGGUGUUGUUAUGUGCCGCGAUGGGAAGUGCUUAUGCUCAGAGUGCUACUAAUGUUAGAGCCACGUACCACUUAUACAAUCCACAAAACAUCAACUGGGAUUACCGAACUGCGAGCGUCUACUGCGCGACCUGGGAUGCUGACAAGUCCUUAGCAUGGCGCAGCAAGUAUGGAUGGACUGCCUUCUGUCACGCCGCCGGCCCGAGCGGACAAGCUGCCUGUGGAAGGUGCCUGGUAGUGACUAACACCGCGACCGGAGCUCAGGCGACGGUGAGGAUUGUCGACCAGUGCGCCAACGGAGGUAUGGACUUGGAUGUGAAUGUGUUUAACCAGAUAGACACGGACGGAAGUGGAUAUCAGGCAGGACAUCUGACAGUGAACUACAACUUUGUGGACUGUGGGGACUAAUUGCAUCCAUCAUGAAUUAGUAAGGGAGCUUUGUUAUAAUAAGACAUAAAUAAACUUCAUCAUAGAUCGAUAAAGGAUGGAAUAAAUUGAUUAAUAAAUAGUGAUGAUUUUGCUUA